AGCCCGGCGGAGGGACUGCGAGCUUGGGCCAUGGAGAAAGCGCGGCCGCAGUGGGGGAACCCGCUGCAGUUCGUGUUCGCCUGCAUCUCCUAUGCCGUGGGCCUGGGCAACGUGUGGCGCUUCCCCUACCUGUGCCAGAUGUACGGCGGAGGGAGUUUCCUGGUCCCCUACAUCAUCAUGCUCAUCCUGGAGGGGAUGCCUCUCUUGUACCUGGAGCUGGCUGUGGGGCAGCGCAUGCGGCAGGGCAGCAUCGGCGCCUGGAGGACCAUCAGCCCUUAUCUCAGCGGUGUUGGUGUCGCUAGUGUGGUGGCCUCCUUCUUCCUCUCCAUGUACUACAAUGUCAUCAAUGCAUGGAGCUUCUGGUACCUCUUUCACUCCUUCCAGGAGCCUCCUGUCAGACUCACCGUCCAUCAUUCCACCCAACCAUUGACCUCCUCUCACCUCUCUGUUGACGCUCAUUUAAUCCCUAAGGAUCCCCUGCCAUGGUCUGUCUGUCCACUGAAUGACAACCUUACAGGCUACGAUGAGGAGUGUGAGAAGGCUUCGUCGACGCAGUAUUUCUGGUACAGGAAAACACUCAACAUCUCGCCGUCCAUCCAGGAGAGUGGGGGUGUGCAGUGGGAGCCGGCACUGUGCCUCAUCCUGGCCUGGUUGGUGGUGUAUCUAUGCAUCCUGCGCGGCACCGAGUCUACUGGCAAGGUUGUCUACUUCACUGCACUGCUGCCCUACUGUGUGCUCAUCAUCUACCUGGUCCGCGGCCUCACACUCCAUGGAGCCACCAACGGUCUGGUGUAUAUGUUCACCCCCAAGGUUGAGCAGCUAGCCAAUCCCAAGACGUGGAUCAGUGCGGCCACACAGAUCUUCUUCUCACUGGGCCUGGGCUUUGGCAGCCUGAUAGCCUUCGCCAGCUACAAUGAGCCCUCAAACGACUGCCAGAAGCACGCCAUUGUUGUGUCCCUCAUCAACAGCUCCACCUCCAUAUUUUCUAGCAUCGUGACUUUCUCUAUCUAUGGCUUCAAAGCUACCUUCAACUAUGAAAACUGCCUAAGCAAGGUGAUUCUACUGCUGACCAAUUCUUUUGACCUUGAAGAUGGCUUUUUGACAGCCAGCAACCUGGAGCCAAUGAAGGACUACCUGGCAUCCACCUACCCAAGCAAGUACAGUGAGGUGUUCCCACACAUUAGAAACUGCAGCUUGGAAUCAGAGCUGAACACGGCUGUCCAGGGCACAGGCCUGGCCUUCAUCGUCUACACAGAGGCCAUUAAAAACAUGGAGGUGUCCCAGCUGUGGUCGGUGCUCUACUUCUUCAUGCUGCUGACACUGGGAAUUGGGAGCAUGCUUGGAAACACAGCAGCCAUCCUCACCCCUCUGACUGACAGCAAGGUCAUUUCCAGACACCUGUCCAGGGAGGCCAUCUCAGGGCUGGUGUGCCUCAUAAGCUGUGGCAUCAGCAUGGUGUUCACGAUGGAGGCCGGGAACUACUGGUUUGACAUAUUCAACGACUACGCAGCCACGCUGUCCCUGCUGCUCAUCGUGCUGGUGGAGAUCAUUGCCGUGUGCUACGUGUACGGGCUGCGGAGAUUUGGAAGUGACCUUCAGGCCAUGACUGGCCAUACCCUCAACUGGUACUGGAAGGCCAUGUGGGCUGGUGUGAGCCCCCUGCUCAUCGUCAGCCUCUUUAUCUUUUACCUCAGUGACUACAUCCUCAUGGGAACCCUGCAGUACCAAGCCUGGGAUGCCACACAGGGGAAGCUGGUAACCAAGGACUACCCUUCCUAUGCACUGGCUGUUAUCUGGCUGCUGGUGGCCUCCUCUACCAUGUGCAUCCCCCUGGUGGCCCUGGGGAUAUUCAUCACACACUGCCUGAAGAAGAGAGGCACAGCUGCAGUGGCCUAAGAAUGUUCCUCCCAGGAAAAGACAAUGGCAUCAGAAUAAAAGAGAGACUAACGGCGAGAUGGCGGGAAUAUGAUGGAGAGUGGAGUUGUGCAGGGGAAAGUGGGGAAGGGGAGGGAAUUAUCAUGGUUUAUUGUCUGUAAGUAUAGACAUUGUCAAUAAAAAAAUUAUACACUUUAAAAAAAACCACUGUUCCUCCCAGAGACCAAUCAUCCAGCCACAGCCACUCAUCAUCUCACAGCUAUUGUCAGUGGGUAGCAGCUCCUUGGCUGGACAUUUUAAAAACACAUAAACCAGAAAUACUUGGCCUGGAGCUCCUAUGUUUGGAAAGAAGAAUUGGAAGGUGGCAGAAAGAAGACUCCUCAAGAGGGGCUUUCUACCUCUUAUCAUCUAAAGGCCACGCCAUGUGGCCUGCUUGCCAUCAAGGGGGAAGGCCAGUCUGAAAGAUGAUUGCUUCCUUGAUCCUACAAAGUCAUAGAAUUUAAAGCACCUUAUAAGGUGACAUUUAGCUGUAACUCAUGGCGUCAAACAAGUCAUUUGGCUUUUUGCUGAAUAACAAAAUAUUAGAGGGUAAUUACUUACAGUGUGUUAAGUGUUUUUAAGUGCCUAAGAUAACAGAAUACAGUUGAUGUAAAUUAACUUUUUUGUUUUGUUUUGUUUGUUUUGUUUUGUUUUUUUAGGUAGGGUCUCACUCUAGCCCAGGCUGACCUGGAAUUCACUAUGUCAUCUCAGACUGAUCCUCCUACCUCUGCCUCCCAAGUGCUGGGAUUAAAGGCAUGCCCAGCACUAAAUUAACUUUUUAAAAAAAUAAUAAUAAUAAUGGCAAAUGUGCAAUCUCAUUGUUCCCUGAGACCUCUCUAAAUAUUAUCAAGUUUGAAAGACCAUGAAAAAGGGUCUUUAUUGGGUCUCUAAAGGAAGUCAUUUUUCCCACAGUGGGACAGGGCUAACUUCUCUACAAAAAUCACCCAUCUACAGUUUUCAACCCCAAAUUGCAUGAAGAGUCUAUAUAAAUAUUUAUCUCCAGGACCUUAGUGCCUUGGAAACAUUGCCAAAAACAUCUAUGAGGAUGUGAGUGAGUGCAACUUUCCAACAGACUUACUGCUACAUUGGGACAUCACGGCCAACAUUCUGUGAGUCCACAAACAUCACUUACCCCCAGUACCUUGUCAUCUGUGCAUAAUAGCAUUUUCUAAAAUGUGCAUAUAUCAGAGCAUUGUGUAACUAAAGACACCAUAUUUAUGGCUAUUAUUAGUCUACCAUGUGAAUUUGUCAUUCUGUUUUUUCUUCUUUUAUACUAUAAUAAAGUGGAUCAACACUG